UCUAAACAUUUUAAACACAUAUACUAUUUGAUUCAAAAAUAAAACAGUAUUAGGAAAAAAGAACACAAAACACUUACAUGUAUCUAACCCAUUUAAACAAAUUUUAAAUAAAAUAAUAUAUAUAUAAAAAAAAAAAAUAAUAAUAAAAAAAAAUAAAAAAAAAUAAAAAAAACCCAACAAAACACCCUAACCCACGAUGCUCUAACCCCAAAUAAAGAGAAAGAAAAACACUUUCUCCUUCCUCCUGCAGUCACCAGUUCGGCAGUGCCCCAAACAAACACAAAAAACCCAACGAAGCUGUCUCCUUCUGCCUGUAGUCCACCAGCGGCGGUGCCCAGCCGGUUGUUUUGAUUUUUCGGCGGCCUGAAGGUGUCCAAGCUAAGAAUGGAUGAUGAGUUGGUGCAAGAAAGUUUGACACGUAUAACAUUGUAUGAGCUACGGAGAUUGACGUCCCAAGUUGAACGGAUACCUAUGCAUGUUGGUGGGGAAACUGGGAGCCAAUGGAUUCAUAGGAUGGUGACAGGCCAUCAUAAUUUGUGUAAAGAACAACUUCGACUAAGUAGAGAAAUAUUUAUAAGUCUUGCUAAUGUCCUCAGAGCACAACAAUUGUUGACAGAUGGUUCUGGUAAACAUAUGCACAUUGAAGAGCAACUUGGGAUAGGUUUGUACAUGCUUGCCAAACCUGCUUCCGUUCGUGAUGCUGCUGAAAGAUUUCAACAUGGGGUAUCUACUAUUUCGAGGUAUUUCCACAAAGUGUUAGAGGCAUUGCAGAUAUUGUCAACUCAAAUAAUUCGACCUUAUCAAAGUUUGAAUGAAACACAUCCUGAAAUUCAAAACAACAACAAACUCUGGCCUUUCUUUAAGGAUUGUGUUGGUGCCAUUGAUGGUACCCUCAUACAUGCAGUUGUUGCCGAUGCUGUGGGCAAGGCCCACAGAGAUCGAAAAGGGGAUAAAUCAUGGAAUGUGAUGGCAGUGUGUUCACAUAACAUGUUGUUUACUCACAUCAACGUAGGCUACGAAGGCAGUGCACAUGAUAGCACCAUUUGGAAGCGAAGUUUAGGAGAAGCAAGAAUGGGAUUCCCUCAUCCACCGCCUGGAAAAUACUAUGUAGUUGAUUCAGCGUAUCCUAAUACACUCGGGUACUUAAGUCCCCAUACAGGACGUGAUUUGAGGUAUCAUUUGCCUGAUUUCAAGAGAUCAGGUCCUCCACAAGGAAUGUUUGAGCAUUUCAAUUACCUACACUCGUCUUGUCGAAAUGUAAUUGAGCGGAUUUUUGCGAUUCUGAAAAAUAGGCGGAAGGUUCUAUAACCUAAAUUGAUGUCGCAAAUGGAAUUACGUUUUCAGUUGCAAAUAAUCGUUGCUUGUUGUACUCUACACAAUUUUAUUCGUUUACAUGAACUAGGGAUUCCAAUCACGCACCAAGUUGAAGUCAUGGAGCGAAGAGAAGAUCAUACUGUGUACGAUCCUAACAGAAAAGCAGCUAUGGAUAUUGUACGACAAGAAAUAACUGAUCAGAUAUGGGAGUCAGUUCAGAGGAAUGCCGAGGUAAUGGAGGAGUUUGGUGGACAAGAAGAAGACGAAGAACUAACUGACUAUGAAAAUUAGUUUAAGUUGUGUAGUACUCUAAUUUUCUCAAUGAGAUUAACAUUAGAAAUAUGUUUCAAAAAAAUAGAACCAUUUGAACAAUGAAUUGUAUCAAUAUUAUUA